AAAACCCUUUGAAGGUGUGUGAGUCGAGCAGAGAAAAGGAUUGUGAGGAGAGCGGAGAAUCGGGACUAUUGUACGACAUCAAGUUUUCAUAGUCCGGGAUAACUACACCAAACAUGAAGGGGAUCUUUAUUAUCAUCGCCAUGCUCAUCUGUGCAACCGCCGCUGAGUCGAUAAGAGAAACUGAGACAAUGGACCCUAAUGGAAUGUUUGACCUUAUGGAGUCCUCUGGGUCUCUGCCUGAUGACGAGGAUUUGGAUGACUAUUAUGAUGACGUGGAUUCGGAUUCAGAUGAAGGGUCUGCCUCAGGAGAUGAUGAUGAAAUGGAUGACCUUGAAUCAACUCUGGACACGCCCACUACUACUAUGGGUAACAAGAUUCCAGAAAACGAUGUCAUUGACUUGAAGAAUGAUGAUUUCCUCCAGAAUGAAAAUGAGAUAAUACCCAGGAAGAAUCUCAUACCUGAUGAGUCUGAAACAUCCAAUGAAAUCUCCAUGGCUAGCACUGCCAACAGCUUCUUCAGCAAGACUGAAGUUAUAGUCGCUCUUGCUGCUGGUGCUCUAGUUGGCCUGCUGUUCGCCAUCUUCAUCAUUGUUUUGUUGGUCAUGCGCAUUAGGAGGAACAAAGGAGACCUCACCUAUGAUGCAGUGAAAAAGCCCAUCUACAAGAAGGCAUCUACAGUUGAGGCAUAGAAGACUUUAAAAUCUUUUGACUGAACUUUUUGAAAUGCCUUAUGGACCCAAGAAAUGCUUUUUUUUCAUAAAAGUGCAUUCAUAUUACUGCAUCAAGAGAUUUGUUGUUCUUUUCUUUCAAGAAACCGUUAUGACUUUCCCAGAUAAAGUGCAUUGAAAGGAUGCAAAAUAAGCUGUUAAGCGUUGACUCUCUAAAGCUACGAUGCUUGCCAUAGUCUCUGGACUGGCAAACUUCUUUUUUUAUUUUCCCCUCCCCCAAAUGUAUGAACUGUUGCAAAACAAGGAAAUUAUGGUAAAUGUUAAGGUACACUACAUAAAAGAUGGACUUUAUGUUCAUUAUACAUAACACUAA